CGCCUUUCUUCUUUUUCACUAGUUCAUGUUUUUGUUUUCCUGAGGCACCCUUUUUCUCAUUUUCUCUGUUUGACGCCCCGCUUCCUAGCGCUCAGGCCCCGCUCGUUUUCAAGUCCGUUGUGUCUCCGAAACGCACUGUCGCAUCUGCAGGCAUUUUUCUUCUGCAUUCUUCUGUUUCUUCUCUCGCUUUUUGUCUGUGUGGCUUCUUUUUUGCUGAGUUUCCUUGUGUCUGCAACCGCAGCUUCUUCCGUACUUGUGCGGCAGCGGAGGACUGUCCGGUCUCCUUCGCUCUGCUGUCGCCUGCAUCUCUUACGUCCGGUGCACUGGAUUUUUUCUCUUUCUUCAGCUCUGAAACAGCGAUCGUGCACUUGCUCGAUUGGGGAGAGUGGGGUUGACGGAAAGAGCCCGCCUAGAAAAAGUGAGGUGUAUGUACACUCGGGCCUCACCAACCGUGAAAGCGCGCGGAGUCGCGCGGUGUACAUACACCGCACAUAAGCAACGGGGCAGGAGUCUCCGCUCGACUGUCUCGUUUUUUUCACUUGUUCUCGGCUCGGGACAAUAUGGGGUGGAGUAAAGUUGUCAACUUCCUCAACAAAGGCGUCCAGCGGAGGCCCCAUCGGCGCUUGCCAGGCCAGCCUCACCACCAGUGGAACAUGCUCAAAACUCAGUUGGACCAGCUUGUUCGAUCCGAUCGUCUCGAGUUAACGCUACCACGAGCCCAUGAACUCCAACAGUACGCCGAAGAACUUGUUCACUUUGCAAAACAAAACACUCCAGAGUCUUCUCUGAUCGUGGAGAGCAUGAUCUUCACUCCGGCGGCCAGACGAAAGUUGUUCCACGAGCUCUGUCCCCUCUACGCCAAUCGUCCAUUCUUCUACACUCGGGUGGUUAAUCAACACCGUCUCCGCAUGCGCGACGCGGCUCCCAUGGCCUACCUCGAGUUCGUCGACCGACCUGGCGAAAUUCGCCCUGCGCGUCCUGUGGGUUUCGAGAGAAAGCAAGCAAUUUGGGAGGAGAUGCAAGCUACUCGCCGCGGUCGGAGGCAGUGGUGGAACCACGCGAAGAAACUCGGUCUGAUCGACGAAGAGACGGGCGACGUCAUUUCGGACAUUAACGCGCUCAGGCGUCCUUCUGCUGCAGAGUGGGAGGAGAGCGACAGCGAAGAAGAGAAAGCAGACUCGCCCUCGCCGUACAAAAUGGUGGCGGCGCCGAAGAGAGCGCUGGAACCGUUCUUCGUCGAUUUGCCGCCUCCGACAGAGAGGUACAGAAAGCAGCGUUACGUCUUCAAGCGGUUCAGGCCUUAACGCAGAGACAAGUUCUUUCCCCCGCUCUCCAGGUUCUCCUGUUCUCCUCGCUCUUUUCUUUCCUCUUGCUCUCCCUACUCUUCUCUGCCAGUUCUCCCCUCUCCCCUUCGUUUCCCCCGUCGGUCUCCGGCCUGCUCGCUGAAGCGUCGUUGCACUGGAACGAAAGGGAAGCGAACGAUGUCUGCCAGCCUUGCGGCCGAAACGGACGUUCUGAGAUAUGUCUCAGUUCGAAAGAAACAGGCUGCAGUCGCGAUUCCGCGCAGGGGUGAGGAAGGUGCGUUCUCUCCCUGGCGGUACGACGGCGAGAAACAAUUUGUUGUUUCUGCAUGCAUCUGUGAAUGGACUCAGAGCGCAUUCGUUAGAGCUUUUUCUCUUCUGCUGUCUUGAGUCGGUCUCCCGCCUUCUCCCCUGUUGUUUCGAGGUGUCUUUUGUUCCCUUGUCGUCUCUCUCCCUUUUCCUCGUUCUUUCUAGGUCCCUCUUUUUCUCUUCCUGCCUCCGUUUUUUCUCUCUCUCGCACGGUUCCGUUCUUUUUAGUGUCUCCAUUCUUCUCAAGCAGCGACGGCCUUGCGAGUUUGUGCUUCUUUGCACAUGUGGUGAAAGGAAACGCUUUCGUGCCAUGCGCAAACGAGGUUCGGAGAAUGUCGCAUGCUCUUUCACUGAAGAAACCGCGAACGACGCAAGGCUGUCGACGAGCCUUGGAAAAUGUCUGUGCGUUGACGAUGGCGGC